UGUCAGCUGCGGGGGCCGCCGGCCCGCUGCGAUCUGCGGACAGCGGGGCCCGCUCGGCGCCUCGGUGCCCGUCGGCCGCCUCUGAGCCGUCCCGCGGGCCGGGCAUGGGCGCAGGCGGCGGCGGCGGCACGAUGAGCACCCUGGGCAGCCCUGUCCGCGCUUACGACUUCCUGCUCAAGUUCUUGCUGGUGGGCGACAGCGACGUGGGCAAAGGCGAGAUCCUGGCGAGCCUGCAGGAUGGCGCGGCCGAGUCCCCGUACGGCCACCCGGCGGGCAUCGACUACAAGACCACCACCAUCCUGCUGGACGGCCGGAGGGUGAAGCUGCAGCUCUGGGAUACAUCCGGGCAGGGAAGAUUUUGUACCAUAUUCCGCUCCUACUCUCGGGGCGCACAGGGUGUGAUCCUGGUCUAUGACAUCGCAAACCGCUGGUCCUUUGAUGGCAUCGACCGGUGGAUUAAGGAGAUAGACGAGCACGCCCCUGGCGUCCCUAAAAUCCUGGUGGGAAACCGCCUGCAUCUGGCCUUCAAGCGGCAGGUCCCCACGGAGCAGGCGCAGGCCUACGCGGAGCGCCUGGGCGUCACCUUCUUCGAGGUCAGCCCUCUGUGCAACUUCAACAUCACCGAGUCCUUCACGGAGCUGGCCAGGACCGUGCUGCUGCGACACGGGAUGGACCGGCUCUGGAGGCCGAGCAAGGUGCUGAGCCUGCAGGACCUGUGCUGCCGCGUGGUGGUGUCCUGCACGCCCGUGCACCUGGUGGACAAGCUCCCGCUGCCCAUGGCCUUGAGGAGCCACCUCAAAUCCUUCUCCAUGGCCAGCGGCCUGAACGCCAGGAUGAUGCACGGCCGCUCCUACUCCCUCACCACCAGCUCCACCCACAAGAGGAGCGGUCUGCGCAAAGUGAAGGCCACCCGCCCGCCCCAGAGCCCGCCCAGGCGCUGCCCCAGGAACAACUGCAAAGUCUCCUGAAGACGGCGUCCGAGCGCAGACCCCGGCCCCUCCGGGAGAGACGCCAAGCAGUCGCCCGCGGGACAGACGCGGGACGGACGCGGAGCCCGUUCCAGGCCCGGAAAGCACCUGCCGGCCUCUCACGCUGAGAUCUCUCACGGUGACGGAGCUGCUCCGUGCAGUGAAAACCCAGCCUGACUGACGUUUCUCCGUGGAUGUGCAUGAAGCUCUUGUUUUAAACGUGUGUUUGUCCAGGGGGGAUCGGCCGUCUGCUCAGCUCUGGAUGGCGCGAGAUUCUGGCUGACGCGGCCUUUCCCUGCCACGGCUCCUUUUAUAAGAGCGCGACGCGCGCGUGGUGAGCGUGGCCCCGGGGACUCUGGAGAGCAACGGGACAGAGAAAUCAGUCUUCGACCUCACAAGAGGGCCUUUUUGUAAACCUCCUCUUCACGUCGAAGUGCUAGUUUACGGAGCACGCGGAGAAUGGGAGAUUAUGCAGGGCGGGUCUGACGAAUUUGAUAGUUUUUGCUAUGUUAUUUACCCUGUUUGGGGAUUAAUAAGUGAUUUAUAUGCAUAUUUUUCUGUAAAUCUACAUUUUUUGUACACGAUGUCCCACAAAUUACGAAGCAAAGGGAAGAAAAUGCCAAAGAUAUCUCUAGUUGUCGAACGGCCACAACAUAGUUACGUCAGAUCCAGAUCGGCGAGGAAAUUAUCAUCCGGAGCCGUUUCGGUAAGGGAAGAAGCGGACGCUGUUGUUUCAGAGAAUGUUUCUCGACAAUAAAAUGUAUACUUGUUUCUUGGUA